GUGACAUAUUUUAUGACAUGUAACCUUAAAUUAAAUUGUUUUUGCGAAGUUUUUGCAAAGGCUUUUUCCGCUGAUUAAAGAAAUAUAAUUACAUUUAGAUAUACACCGAUAAUAAAAAAGAUUAAUCAGGUAUCCUUUUGAAUAUGUUGAUAGUCUAAACGUAACUGUUUAAAGUUGGAUAAUGAUGUGGAACUUGCAAUUAAUUCUGUUUUAUGGAACAGCUUGUUGCUUUUCUAUAUUAUUAGCGGUGAUAGUUUUGAUGUUGGCUGUUUGUAAACCAUAUCCUAUUGUUUAUCGGUCUAGGAAAGAAAAGUGCUUUAUAAACCCUGUCAAUUCUGAAAGCAUAUUGUUCCCCUCAAUUCAUGAUCAACCUUCAGUGCAUUUAAGUGUAAUAAUUCCAGCUUACAAUGAAGAAGAUAGAUUGGGACUUAUGCUGGAUGAGUGUCUGGAAUUUUUAGAAUUAAGAUCAAAGUCAGGUACUUUUAAGUAUGAAAUUAUUGUUGUAAGUGAUGGAAGUAAAGAUAAAACUGUGCAGGUAGCUAAUGAAUAUUGUAAGAAACUGGGAAUAGAUAAGUUUAGGACAUUAGAGCUCGAGAAAAAUAGAGGAAAAGGUGGGGCAGUAAGAUUGGGAGUACAGAGUGCAAGAGGUGCUGUAAUCCUCUUUGCAGAUGCAGAUGGUGCAACAAAGUUUUGUGAUUUGGCUAAACUAGAAGACUCGCUGGAAAGUUUAAUACAAGGAAAUUAUUUGAAUGAUUACCGAUCUGUUUCAUCAAAAAUGGCAAUUGUAGUCGGUUCAAGGGCACAUUUAGAAAAAGAAGCAGUUGCAACUAGAAGUUUAUUUAGGGUAGUUUUGAUGUAUGGUUUUCAUUUCCUAGUUUGGUUGUUUGCUGUUCGUGGUAUUCGUGAUACUCAAUGUGGAUUUAAAUUGUUUACUAGGGAAGCAGCUAGGAUAUGCUUUGAAAAUUUACAUAUUGAGAGAUGGGCGUUUGAUGUUGAACUAUUGAAGAUCGCCGAAUAUUUGAAAAUUCCCAUUAAUGAAGUUGCAGUAAAUUGGACUGAAAUUGAUGGAUCUAAAGUUACACCAGUAUUAAGUUGGAUCGAAAUGGGAUUAGAUUUAGCUUUAAUUUGGAUCAGAUAUUUUGUAGGAGCUUGGAAGAUUAAAACACAAGAAGAUUUAAACAAGACUCAGUAAAAUCUGCACUUAACAUUUGUAUAAUUACAUACUUACAAAUGAUUAUUAUUAUUGUAAUUUUAUAUGAGGAGUUUGAUAAAAAUUUUUGGCUUAAUGCUAUUAA